AUGAUGAGUCGAAGAAGAAAGCCACUCUGGAAAAAAAGGACUGAGUGCUGUGGCAUCGUCUGAUGAUUAGCUAACUGUAAAAACAGUCGUGUUAGUGUUACUAAACGGUUGUAUUGCUCUAUAAUGCAUAUGGUUAUUUUGUUUACACUUUGAAGUCUCUCCUUUAUCGCUGAUAAUGAUAACAAUGAAGCUACCGAUGAAAACUGGCGAGAAAGGAGGCGACGAGACGGCGGAGGACGAUUCGUUGGAUCCAUCAGAGAGGCAGCAUAUUCCCAGGGCGGCAUCUUCUCCUUCGGUGUACGAGAGGCUGCAGGAGCCGCCGAGACCCUGCGUCCACGCAUCGCAUCUGGACAGAGAGAGCGUGUUCGAGUGGUUCGGCCACCAUCUGAACCCCGCCAAGCGGAUCGAGUUUAUGUGCGGGCUGCUGCAUAUGUGCCAACCCCUGGAGCUCCGCUUUCUGGGAUCAUACCUGGAGGACCUCGCUAGAAAAGAUUACCACGUUUUACGGGACUUUGAGUGCAGGGCGAAUAACCCGAACGAUUUGGGAGUUUUAACGGACGUGGUCGACCCGGUGAUUCGGUCCAAACUCAUCGUCUGUCUGUCCCUGCUCGGCUCUGACAGGAGGGAAUGUGCUGGAAUACUCUCUCGGAUACUCAGCAGCGUGGAUUUGGCCUUGUCGUAUAGGAACUAUGACUACUCCCUGCCUCCUUUCAGGGACCCUCAGCAUCACCUCCACCCGUUCUAUCCACCGUGCCAGGACGGUUCUGUAUGUGAGGAGAACCGGGACGAAGCAACGGCAGGGGCUCUGGAGCAGUUGGCGCUUCUCUAUACCAUGGCCUCGCUACACCCAGCUUUCCAUUUUCACCAACGGGAAGUUAUCCGGGGACAACUGGACAAAAUCGAGCUUUCCUUGGAGGAGGAAAAGCGACAGAGACAGCUCAGGAUAAACGCCCAGUCGACGGAGCUGCUGGGCCAGCAGCUGGACUUCACGGCCUCCUCAGUGCAGGACUUUGGAGAGUGUCCAGCCUCCCAUCCCCCCUGCCAGAGCCGGCGCUCUGGUCGCUGGGCAACACAGAGAGAAGCCGUUCACAUCGAGAGGAUCGUGCUCAGGGGGAUCUCUCGGACGGCAACAGAUAAGGAAUACAGCUUUGAGGUGAAGUGGUCAGACUCUUCCUCCAGCAGUGUGACCAAAACCCACCAGGAACUGGAGAACUUCCUGCUGAAGCUUCCAAAGGAUCAGUGCACGGACUCUUUUGAGAAAAGCAUCCUGAGGCUCCUGAGCCAUGGGGACCAGUUCGAGAGCAGGGAGGUGGAGAAGAACCUCAGGGAAAGGUUUCUGUCUGCCCCGCCUCUCUUCAGGCAGACCAGGAAGGUCUGCAGCUUCUUCAGCUCCUCCAGACCGACCUGCAGAUGUACCUUACAUCCUGGGACGACGUACCAGCCAGACUGCUCUGACGCCUCCAGUCAGGAUGAAGACUCGUAUGUUCAGGGACACAAGAAGAAACACGCGUCCAAGAGUCCAUGUCAGCUAUUGUCACGGGCCAAAAGCCCCCAGGGAGACACAUGGAGGGGGGGCCACGCAGCAGAGCUCAACGGUCCCCCAGACAGGAGGAAGAAGAGCAGCGUGGUGAGGAGCAGCCAGGACGCUGAGCAGCACCUGGAUCCCGACAGAAGAAGCCACCCAGCAUCUAAAAGCAAGAGCAGAUUUUUGCCUGGAGACAGGGACAAGAUGGCUGUGAAGGGCAGAGGCGCUGCCUUUCUGACUAAUGGCACUUUGUUACCGGCCCUGUCGCCUCAGAGGAAAGUUGGACCUUCUCAUGCGGAUACAUUUGGGGAAACGUCGUCCGAGAGCUGCAGCUCUCCCUCCAGCCCCCAGUACAGGAGGCGCCAGAGUCUGGAGAGCGACGACGACAACAACAAAGACUCAGACAGCCACUCUGAUGACGGCGGUAAGGGCGAGGCCCCUGACCUGUUCUUCACGCGGCAGGCGGACUGCGCUGGGUUGGCAGACGCUGCCCCCCAGGGCCCAGACUUCACCUCAUCUCCCUACUUGCCCCCCCUGGCCUGCUUGCUCCCCAACGGGGCCCCCGACCCCGUGGCCCCAGAUGGGAAGCCCCCGCCAGCGGGGCCACUGUCGGUGGUCCCCACCCCAGGGAUUGUGGGUGAUCCGGAGAAGAGGGAGGUGCUGACGACCUUUGGGGGCCCCCCACUGGCCCUGCAUCACUCAGUGGGUGGGGGGGUCCAGCCUCUGGUCCAGAGGUUUAAGACAGGUCUGCCCCACAGCCAAGGGCCCGCUGAGGUGGAGGCCCCUCUCAGAGCGCUGGGCUCCAUGUCCCCGGGGCCGCCUGCAUACUCGUCCCCCUCCCUGCCCUGCCAGGAGCCCGGCCUGGCCCCACCCCUACCCCACAUGGAGGCCACCCACCAUAAGCUGCAUGGCAUCCUGCCGUCAGGGUUGCCCUCUCCCUACACCCUGGCCUCCGUGCCCCCUGUACCCCCAUCUGUGAUGCCCACCCUGGGGGCCCCUGUGGCCCCGGGAGCGGCUGUUCCUCCGGCUGUCCCCUCUAACUCCCCUGGGCCCCCACCCAGCCUCAGCCCGGCGCUCGGCCUCAGUGCACCGCAGAACGACUCUGCGUCCUACAGCAACAGCAGUGCUUCCUGUGGAAGCGGCCCCGUUGCCCCUGGCAACCCCGUAGCUGUCCAGCAAACCCAGCAGCAGAUGCCCCCGCAGCAGCAAACGCCACCCCUCCAGCAGCAGCAGCCCCCUGUGGGAUGUGGGGCCUGCGGUUGCCAUAACAACUGUGGUAACCGAGGCAGCGGCAGUGCGGUGGGGGGCUCCUCCGGCUGCCAGCCCCCCCUUUACUUCCACCACCAGAUGGCAGCAGUAGCGAGGCAGAUGUUCAGCGUUCCUCAGUCUCUCCUCUACCUCGCCCAAACCCAGGCCCCCCACCAGGCCAACGGCCCCCCGACCAUGCCCCCCUUCUUCCCUGCUGCCCCACCCCCCGUCCACCCAUCCCCCUACCUUCACUCCCACAGCCAGGCGGAGGGCCCGUCCCAUAUGAUGGGCAGCCAGGCCCAGGUGGCAGUGGCGGCCGCCAACUACAGCCUCCAGCAGCAGAUGGCGCCAGCGGCAUCGUUCCCUCAGCGCGUCUACCAGCCGGUCUACCCGGGUCACCUGGGGAUGCUGCCUGCUGCCAUACUGGGGGGCGGCGGGGUCAACAAGAAGAACGGCACAGUGUCCUGCUACAACUGUGGAGUGAAUGGACACUUUGCUCAAGACUGCAACCAGCCCAGCAUGGACUCCACCCAGCCGGGAGGCUUCAGGGUAAAGUUUGCAGCAUCCAGCAUUUCAGAAGCACUUGACAAUGCCGACUGAAGACGAAGGACGAUGAUGACGAGUUCCUCCUGUCGUCAUGACUACGACAGGUACGGCAGCAGUGAAGCGUUCCUCUGUAGGGCAGAGAGCUGCCUGGGCUCAGCAGACAGAGCCUCAGCACAGUGCCUCACAAACACCUGGUUACCAUGGGGACGACUCACCUACAGUCAUGUGACUCCCACUCUCUUCCCUUUCAGUUUCUUUUGGACAUUUUUGCACUGAGGGUUGGAAAAUAAAUUAUUAUUACUUUCUAGGAAGAUUUUUUUUUUAACUCAAAAAUGAAGACUUGAGUCUCAGCUUAAAUGUUCUGAUCCACUUAUUUCUUAAGGAGUCUAUUUAUACUUUAUUCUCGUGGUUUUGUUCAUCUCUGAUUUUGUUUGGAAGAACUGUACAGCGGGUUUCUAAGAUCAAUAAUCGGUAAGCAGGAGGAGUUGUACCUGUAGGUUCUCUGCACAGUUGUGAAUGUACAUCUUCAGACAGGAAUCUGUGUAUAUUUGAGGGUUUUGCUGGUUUUGUGGUUGCUGUGCGGACGGCCGGCCUCUGACCGUUCAAACCGGGGAAUCUUGUUUGACGCAAGCGCACUGCAGGAGCACCACAAGAGUUCAUGUUGGGAUUUUCUUUUCUUUUGACCCCAAAUCCACAUGAGAUGAUCAGUUUUUGCUUUAUUAGAGUGUACAAAAGUAUUCCUUUUUU